AUUGUGCCGGUUCGGUCUCGGGAAUUAGGUGGAACGCAUGUCCCGCACCAAUCCUUCAGAUCCCAUACUACUUUUAUAUCUCUUGUCUCUUGUCAAUACUUCCAGUCUGUUCAUCUUCAACGACACAGCUGCUGUGGCAUGAUGUGUGAUAUCUAAGUAACAUCCAACGUCUCAUCUCGGCAAGUGAAUCUGCAUCGGUUCAGCCGGUCGCCACCUUGAUCUCUGUCGACUCGCCUCGAGGACCUGUGCUAAGGUUGCAGUCAAGGUCGGAGAGGAGAGUGAUCUCUAUCUCUAUCUGAUUCAUCAUCCAGGCCCCCGCCCGUCUCUGAAAAUUUGACUGCGUUCAUAUUGCGAAUCGCCAACCCGCCCUUCGGCCUUCCAGUCCUUGCCCCUUCAUCCACCAUGGGUCUCAGAUCCGAUAUGAGGAAUCAUCUCUUACCUCAGCCUCCAUCAUUCAAGAAGAAGAAAGAAUACUCUCUGGAGCAGGUUCUAGGUCGAGGAGGCUUUGGAAAAGUUGUACAGGCCAACUGGAGUCCACCAGGAGGCGAGAAGAAGCAAGUCGCGUUGAAGGUGAUAUCAAAACGACUGCUACGUGAGGGAUCGACGAACGUCAUGGAUGAGAUCAACGUGUUGAAAGAUCUGGAUCAUCCGAAUAUCGUUCACGUUUGGGAUCACUUUGAAUCGAGAGACAAAUACUACAUCGCUUUCGAGCUUGCGGUUGGAGGUGAACUCUUUGAUAGAAUCCAGGAAAAGGGCAAGUUUACGGAGAAGAACGCCGUAGACUGUAUCAAGCAAGUCCUCUCCGCCACUGCCUAUCUCCACGCGCACAACAUUGUCCACAGAGAUCUCAAACCAGAGAACAUUCUGUACAAAACCCGAUCUGAACACUCGCCUAUCGUCAUUGCAGAUUUUGGAAUCGCAAAGCAUCUCGAGACACCAGAUGAGAUGAUUGACGAUCUCGCCGGGAGUCUGGGGUAUGCAGCCCCCGAAGUUUUGAAAGGAACGGGGCACGGCUUCAAAGUUGACAGUUGGAGUAUAGGAGUCAUUGCGUACACUCUUCUCUGUGGAUAUUCUCCUUGGAGGGCAGAGGAUAGGUCUGAACUUGUCGAGGAAACCACCCGAGGGAAAAUUACCUUCCACGAGAGAUUCUGGAAAAAGGUCUCUGCAUCAGCUAAGGACUUUAUCCGGCAGCUGUUGAAAGUCGACCCGAAGGAACGCUGUUCCCCUUCAGAAGCCUUACAACAUCCUUGGAUCACGUCCACCGAAGCGACCGAGCAUGAUCUUGUACCUGCCAUUAGGGAGAAUUUCAACGCUCGAGCCAAAUGGGGCAAGGCCUUAAAGGUUAUCAACGCCUCGAAUCGUAUGCGUGCACUUACCCCUUCGAGUACUGCUUCCACCUUAUCCGGCCUAUCUUCACCCACCCUAUCAAGCAUGCCCAGCCCAGCCGAUGCCACUACUUCCAGCACGACCAUCUCAAAUAUACAGUCCUCACCUACGAUUCACUCUCCCACUACGAUGGAAUCUAGCCCACCCAAUACUCUAGAACAUCGAGGCGGCGAAGGACGAGCUAGCUCUAUGGCUAUACCCAAAGUCGUUCGACCGGGAUCAGAUACGGACGACGACAAUCAGGUAGACGAUGAUGCCAAUGACAGUCUGCGGGGUUCCUAUGUGACGGCCUCGGAGGGUGGUCCGCCGACACCAUCCAGAUCGAGAGAAGAGGUAGAUGAAGUGGUCGGACAGCCUGUGGAGGCUGUGGCUGGCGGAUACGGGCUCAAGGGUCUGAUGGGCAAGCUAGGUCUCUCGUCAUGACCCGCUGGCUUCAGCAGCCAUCGGGUCCUGUGUAAAAGCGGGAGGAGCACAUCUUACCAUAAAUCGUUCGGGCCCUGAGCCAUGUUGUAUGAAACUCUACUUGUGAUCCGC